UCGUCGCGGUGGACCGAGAUACUCGAGAUAUCACUCGGGUGACAGGGAGUAACUAGAGAGUAACUAGAGAUCGGGAAUCGGCGUGAGAUGCGGCCCCUCGACGCCCGGACAUGAUGACUGGUCCCCGCUGAGGAGGAGGCUGCAGCGAGGAGAACGAUGCGGGGCGGCAGAAUCGGGGCGAGAUGGUGUCUGGGGAUGACGGUGGUCCUGGUGCUCGGAGCGGGCCUUUCGGAGGGCCAUCGUCCGGCACCGAGCAACCCGGUGCACCUGGCGAACACGCCGUCGCCUUCGCCGGUCUCGACGACGCCUCGAGGGUCGGCAGCGGGGAACGACUCGCUGCACCAUCAUCACCACGCGAAGAGCGGCGAUAACGGGACUGCCGAGGAGAAGGCGCCGCUCUUCCCGACGGACAUAUUCACCCUCGAGGAGCGUCGUCGGGGCGCCGUCGUCCUCCACAUCCUGGGUGUGAUCUACAUGUUCGUAGCGCUGGCCAUCGUCUGCGACGAGUUCUUCGUCCCGUCGCUCGAUGUCAUUAUAGAGAAACUCGAGAUCGCCGACGACGUCGCCGGGGCGACUUUCAUGGCCGCCGGCGGCUCCGCACCCGAGUUGUUCACCUCGGUUAUCGGGGUGUUCGUAUCCUUCGACGACGUCGGCAUCGGCACCAUCGUCGGCUCGGCCGUAUUCAACAUUCUUUUCGUUAUCGGUAUGUGCGCACUCUUCUCGAGGACCGUACUCACCCUCACGUGGUGGCCCCUCUUCCGCGACUGCACCUUCUACAGCGCCAGUCUUAUUACUCUGAUUUACUUCUUUCGCGACAACUAUAUUCACUGGUACGAGGCUCUCGUGCUUUUCGGAUUCUACCUCGCUUACGUUAGCUUCAUGAAGUGGAAUCAACCCAUGGAGAAACUCGUUAAGAGGAUACUUUAUAGGAACAAAGUCACCCGCGUCAGGUCCACCGAUCAGCUCAUGCCAUCCCACCAGAGCGCCGCCCAGGCAUUGCAGCAUCCCAACGCGACAAACAGCAGCGAGACCAGCGUCGGCGGUGUCUCCGGAGCCUGCGGAAGCAGCGGGGUCCCAGCCUCAGUCGCAGAGGCUGGAUGCAGCAGCAGUCGAGGGGGCAGCAGCAGCGGCCACGGUGGAGACGGAACGAGUGGCAUCGGAGGCGGCGUCGGGGGUGGCGGACAAACGACAAGUCACACGACGCGCGAAAGCCACGCCAAGUUUCGCCAUGGUUUGCUACAGCUGAUGAUCCACACUAUCGACCCGCUCCACGACGGUCAGUCCCGCACCGGCAAGGUGGACGAGAAGGCGACGCAACUUCACGCGAUAGCCUCGCUCAAAGUUCUUCUCGAUGCAACGAGGCCGCAGAACGGAGCGGCCACAUCGACAGCCGCGCAUUAUUCCGGGUCUGCGUCCAAGGAAACGACCCUGCAACUGCAGCAGGGAUCGCAGGGGACGACGACAACCACGACGACGACCGCUGGCACGACGGCGGGAAUCCAGGAACUUCCUAAUGGCGGUAUCGCCUCCGGCAUCGACGCCGGCCUCGAGUCGGGUGAAGAGGACGAGUCACCAGAGGCUCUGGACAUGGGCUGGCCAAGCAACAAUCGGAAAAGGCUGACGUACAUCUUGGUUGCACCAAUUCUCUUCCCGUUGUGGCUGACGUUGCCAGACACUCGCACACCUAGAGGUAAGAAGUUUUUCGCGGUGACGUUCAUCGGUUCAAUAUUCUGGAUCGCCGCGUACUCUUACCUGAUGGUUUGGUGGGCUAACGUCGCCGGAGACACGGUACGAAUACCGCCGGAAGUGAUGGGCCUGACGUUCCUAGCCGCUGGUACGAGCAUCCCGGACUUGAUAACCAGCGUGAUCGUUGCCAGGAAGGGUUUCGGUGACAUGGCCGUGUCCAGUUCGGUUGGCAGCAAUAUAUUCGACGUUACUGUCGGACUUCCGGUGCCGUGGCUCCUCUACGGUCUGAUAUACGGUAAGCCGGUGGAGGUGAACUCGGUCGGCAUGGUUUGCAGCAUAGCGAUCCUGUUCUGCAUGCUGAUAUUCGUGAUAUUGAGCAUCGCCUGUUUCCGGUGGCGGAUGAACAAGGGCCUUGGUUUCACCAUGUUCCUUCUGUACUUCGUAUUCGUCGCGGUCUCGCUGAUGUUCGAAUACGAGGUCUUCGUCUGCCCGGUAUAGGAAUCGCCGGAAGCAUCGCGGCCAAUCAACCGCAUCAACCAACCAACCAACCAACCAACCAACCAUCAAACAAACCAACAAACCAACCGAUCAUCAUCGCCAACAACCUUCCGACCCUGCUUACAUACCUGCCGUCUUCGAAACAACCGCAAUUGCUGUAUCGCGGAAACGUUGGAAUCAUCGAAAGGCGAAAAAUAAAUUGAGAAGAAAAUAUACCGCAGUCACAUACUGCACUCACAGGCCAACUAACUAACUAACUAACUAACUAAUUAACUAACUAACUCACGUGAAAUCAAAAACAAUAAAUUGAUGCUUACAUCGAAAACCGA